UGGUGAAAUAUUGACUAGGCGGCAACCUAUAAAUUAUUUUGUAUAGAAUAUAGUUAUCACUAAAACCUCUUGGUAUAAUAUACAUUGCUCCAACUGAUUGCUGACCUUCAGUUGUUGCUGAACUACAGCACACGCAUACAGGCUAUAAAGGGUUGUACGCAUUGGUAUGUAAAUUGAAAGUUACAGAUCGAAUGUAGAUUCGGGUGUUAUUUAAGUCUUAUAUACACAACUUGUUUAAUGGCGUCCAGGCUACUCGGUUAGUCAUGCAGUUUGCACCCUGAGGUAAUAUCUUUUGCUUGUUUUCCUUCCCACGCUUCUAACUCUCGCGAGCCAUGGAGUGCGUGUAGGUGAGGGAUCAGCUCAGGGUGCCGCCGCCGCCGCCCCUCCCUCCUCUCCGCCAGCCCCGCCAGCCCCCAGCCCGCCGCUCACUCCCUAUGGAACACACAUGCACCUUCAGCCUGUAGGUGUGCAGCUGCGCCUCCCACAAAAGCGAGGAAGGGGGCGCUGUUGCGAAGAGAGAAGGUGCGUGCGUUUGUGCGAGCUGCAGCCCAGAGAAAGAGAGAGACUGCUGAGGAAAUCCAGCUUCAGGGAAGAGAGACAGAGAACUGCUGUUAUCAGCCUCCCCUCCUCCUAUCUGUCUUUCACACCCCACCCCCCCCUCUCUCUGGCUCUUUAAGCCUCUCCCACUGAGUAGUCAGUGCAAGGGAUUUUCUGAACCGGGAUACAUUGUAUUUCCUGCUUUCUGCUAGUAAUCUGGGGCAUGGGAGGCUGCUGCUGGGGGCAUGUACAGUACGCAGUAACAUCACUUGCCUCUUGUGCAUCGGAUCUGCUGUCUGAGACCUUGCUGUGGGAUCUGUGUGGUGGAGCAGCUGGCUGCCUGGCACUGUUCAACCAUCAAAGACAAGAGGGGCUGAAAAAAUGACAGAAGACAGCUCAGAGGUCCCCAGAGAGUUGCUAGAAAGCAUCCGGGAUGUAAUUGGAAGAAAGAUUAAGAUUGCGGUGAGGAAGAAAGUGAAACUUGAGCUCAAGGGAGAUAGAGUUGAAAAUAAAGUUCUGGUUCUUGCAUCAUGUCGCGCUUUUAUCCUGACAGCACGGGUUCCUACAAAGCUUGAACUAACCUUCAGUUAUUUGGAAAUUCAAGGGAUGAUUUGCAGUAAACCUGGCCAUCUGAUGGUUGAAACUGAGAAAUGCAACUUGUCGAUGAAGAUGUCUUCCUCAGAAGAUGUUAAUGAAGUAGUAGCCCAUAUAGGCACAUGUCUACGAAAGAUAUUUCCAGGAUUGUCGCCAGUAAAAAUUAUAAAGAAGGUAACCAUGGAACCACCAGACAGACUAGCAAAUCUGCAGGCUCUGUGGGACAGCCAGACUGUGACAGAAGUAGGCCCGUGUGGAGGGUUUUCCCAGAUGUAUGCUUGUGUCUGUGACUGGCUAGGGUUGCCGUACAGAGAAGAAGUGCAGUGGGAUGUGGACACAAUAUAUUUAACACAAGAUACCAGGGAGUUAAACUUGCAAGACUUCAGCCAUCUCGAUCACAGAGAUUUAAUACCAAUCGUUGCUGCCCUGGAAUACAAUCAAUGGUUUACAAAACUAUCAACAAAGGAUCUGAAACUGUCUGCUGAUGUCUGUGAACAGAUUCUGCGGGUGGUUAGCAAGUCCAGCCGGUUGGAAGAAUUGGUUCUAGAAAACGCGGGGCUUAGAAUAGAUUUUGCACAGAAGCUGUCCAGUGCCCUUGCACACAAUCCAAACUCAGGACUUCAUACUAUUAAUCUUGCAAGCAACCCCCUUGAGGAUAGAGGUGUGCAUUGCUUAAGUAUUCCUUUUGCCAAACUUCCUAAGGGACUGAAACAUUUAAACUUAUCUAGAACCUCAUUAUCACCUAAAGGGGUGAAUAGCCUCUCCCAGUCACUAAGUGCUAACCAGACGAUUGCAAGCAGCCUCACCCACCUUGACCUCUCAGGGAAUGUUCUGCGUGGGGAUGACCUUUCUUACCUGUACAAUUUUUUAGCUCAGCCAAAUGCCAUUGUAUACCUGGAUUUAUCAAACACCGAAUGUGCCAUCGACAUGGUAUGUGCAGCUCUUCUUCGUGGUGGCCUGCAGCAUCUUGCUAUGCUUAAUCUAUCAAGAACAGUUUUUUCUCACAGAAAAGGAAAGGAAAUCUCACCAUCAAUCAAGCAAUUUUUCAGCAGCUCACUUGCUCUGACACACAUAAACCUUUCAGGCACCAAGCUAUCCUCGGAACCCCUAAAGGCUCUGUUACUUGGGCUGGCAUGCAACCCUAAUCUGAAGGAGGUGUCUCUAGAUCUCAGCAACUGCGAGCUUGGUCACUGUUUAAGAUCAGCAGGAGCUCAGGUUUUAGAAGGCUGCAUAGCAGAAAUUCAUAACAUUUCAAGUCUUGAUAUUUCUGACAAUGGUUUAGAAUCUGACCUCUCAACUCUUGUUGUCUGGCUCAGUAAAAAUCGAUCAAUAAGGCAUCUGGCUUUAGGAAAGAAUUUCAACAACAUGAAAUCUAAAAACUUGAUCCCUGUCCUUGACAAUUUGGUACAUAUGAUACAAGAUGAAGAAUCGCCUUUGCAGUCACUCUCUUUGGCUGACUCUAAAUUGAAGACAGAUGUCACAAUUAUCAUAAAUGCCCUUGGCAGCAAUACGUCCCUGACCAAAGUAGAUAUUAGUGGAAAUGGCAUGGGGGAUAUGGGAGCCAAAAUGUUGGCCAAAGCUUUGCAGAUAAAUACCAAGCUAAGAACGGUAAUCUGGGACAAGAAUAAUAUCACUGCACAGGGAUUCCAGGAUAUUUCAGUAGCUUUAGAAAAGAACUAUACCCUGAGGUUUAUGCCCAUACCUAUGAAUGAUGCUUCCCAGGCUCUGAAGACUAAUCCAGAAAAGACAGAAGAAGCCCUACAAAAGAUAGAAAACUAUUUGCUGCGAAAUCAUGAAACAAGGAAGUACCUACAGGAACAAGCAUAUCGACUGCAACAAAGUAUUGUUACUAGCACCACACAACAGAUGAUUGACAGAAUAUGUGUCAAAGUUCAAGAUCACCUGAACUCCUUGAGAAAUUGCGGGGUCGAUUUUGUGAUUGAAGACGUGAAGUCCGCAGAAAGAAUAAUGCGAGAUGCAAAGAAUUCAAAAACUCUUUUGCCAAACCUUUACCAUCUUGGUGGUGCAGCAUGGGCUGGAGCCAACAGUUUACCCAUUCCAAUUCAAGAAACACUGGAAUCUAUGGCUGGAGAGGUCACCAGAGUCGUAGAUGAACAGCUGAAGGACCUUCUGGAAUCAAUGGUUGAUGCAGCCGAGAAUCUGUGUCCAAAUGUUAUGAAAAAGUCCAAUAUCCGUGAAGACCUCAUUCAAGCAAGCACUGAGAAAAUAUCCAUUCCUCGAAAUUUUGUAAAAAAUGUUUUGCUUGAGCAAUCUGGAAUAGACAUCCUAAACAAAAUAAGUGAAGUGAAACUGACCGUAGCAUCAUUCCUUUCUGACCGGAUUGUUGAUGAAAUCCUAGAUGCGCUUUCAACUAGCCAUCAUAAAUUGGCUGAUCAUCUGACCAAGCGUGGCAAGCCUCUUCUACAUCAAGAUUCCAUGGAAAUUGAACCUGCUGAAGAAAGGCCAACCAAGCGAUCCACUAUUACAAUAGAGGAUUUUAGUGAGAUGGACCGUCUAGAGGAUUUAGAUACAUGUAUGACUCUCUGCUGUAGAAGUAUGACGCCCAAGUCAAAGAGAAAGAGCAUUCACAGCAGAAUGCUGCGCCCAGUAUCUCGAGCUUUUGAGAUGGAAUUUGAUUUGGACAGAGCUCUGGUGGAUGUCCCAAUACAUAUCGAGGACCCUCCCUACCCAUCCAGCAGGCCAGACAAACGGACAUCUGGUGGGAUGGCAGAGUUACCCUCUGAAGAAGGCAAAAAAUUAGAACAUUUCACAAAACUGCGUCCUAAAAGGAUGAAGAAGCAGCAACCAAGCAAAUCCACACAGCUUGGUGCUGAAGCUCCUACAGAUGGUGAGCAGAAUGGGCUCAUGGCCAGGGUAGAUGAAGGUGUAGAUGAGUUCUUCAGCAAGAAAGUCACUAAAAUGGAGUCUAAGAAACACUCUUUUAAAAGUUUAGAAUCUCAAGAUGGUGGUGAGUGGGAAGAAAAAAAGAGAAGAGAAUCUAGAAAGAGUGGCUUUCUUAACUUAAUCAAACCUAGAUCUAAGUCAGAACGAUCACAGACUGUGAUUAUUACAGAGGAGCCCUCUUCACCCAAGGCCCCACUUAAAAGUCCUGCUCCUGAUACAGCAAAAAAAGAGAAAGUGGCAGAGAGCAACGGGACAGUGAGCUCCAGUGCCAGUGCCGGCAGCAGCACCGAGAGAUCAGAAGAGGUGAAAACGCCUGACUCUCUGGAGGAGAACCUCGACGAUCUUACAAAGUCCGAACGAACUGACAGCAAGAGCAGUCCACAAUCAGGAAGGCGGUAUGGAGUCCAAGUGAUGGGGAGUGGGCUGCUAGCUGAGAUGAAAGCUAAGCAGGAAAAAAGAGCGGCUACUAAGAAAUUAGGAAACGAUGUUGGCAGCAAAGAUGUGUCAGAUGGUCUGAUUAUAACAGAAAAACUAGAAGGGAGCGGAGCAGUUCCCAAAUUCCAUCAGCCUUCCACGGAGAGCCGCUUUCCUUUAGGUAGAGGAGAAUGUGCUGCCUUAACAGCAGACAAAAACUUGAAAAGUGAAGUGAAGCCAGAUGGCAGUGUAAGGUCCAAGAGUUCUUCCAGUACUCCAACCAGCCCAAAGCCACCACUUCAGUCCACAAAACCCGCCCUGACGGCACGUCCUUCUGUACCUCAGAAGCCCAGGAGCAGCUCUCGCACUGAUGAUGUACCAGAAUCCCCAUCUGGGCUGUGCUCCCCAAAAUCAGCCCUUAUCCCUCCAAUGCUGAAGAGAGUUCCGUCAGACAAGGAGAGAGAUGGGCAGAUGAGCACUUCUGCUGCUGCGAAACCGUUGCUAGAGGAAGCAGCGCGCCCACCUUCCUCAUCAGAAGUAUCGCCAAAAAAGGGUCAGAGCCAAACUCCAACAGAGGGUCCAGAGCAGAAACCCAAGGCCUUAAGCAAAGAAGGUCAGCAGCGAAGCAAAUCCUGCGAUUCGGGAGAGGAAGUUGAUAAAGAGUUUGUUUUUAUAUAAUCAUUCCAAUAUAUAGAAAGAGAUAAUAUCAGUUUAGAUAUAUGUUUAUUUUAAAGUUCAGCGUUUCUUAGCGUCAUUUAUGUGCGUUCUCAAAAACUUGUUUCUCAUUGUUAAACCAGAAUUUUUAUUUUGUUCCUGUACUUGAAUAUGUUCAAAGUGAUUGUUCUAUAUCAGACCUGUCAAACGUCCAGCCAUUUAACUCUUUAAACUACAAGCCCCUGCAUUCUCAUUUACCCAACAGCUGCCUGGGAAUUCUUGGUGUUUUAGUUCAGAACUGAUGGAGGGCUAAAGGUCUGGCAUUUCUCUGUUUCACUCAACAAAACCAUGUCCCACCUAACCCUGAAAGUUGCACAGCGGUCCUUCAAUAGCUCCAGCAGUGCAGAGUCUCUUUCAGUAGGCAAAGAUGUCAAACCCCAGAACUUUAUAUAAAUAUAUAUGUAAUGAGUCCAUGAAGUUGUAGCAGCAGUGCAUUGUAACGUUCCCUACCGGGUAACUAGGAUGCAGUUAAUAUAUAGAGAGUGCUAAAAGUUAAACAAGGCAAGAAAAGGACCAACCAUCUAUGUUGGGAAACACAUGUUUUGUUACUUCCUGAUUCCCUCAAGCAGAUUUCUCUGCCAAAGUCUGAAUAAUGCUACUUUGGAUAAAUAAAGUCCCAAUGCCGAUCCCAAUUGAAUCAAAGAGUAGACUGUACAGAUGCAGCACUCUUACAUGAGGGGCUAUUAAAGACUUCUAGGGUUGACUGCAGCAUGGACAAAAUUGUUGUACCCAUAGAGUGCUCUUUAUUAGUGUAUGUGGCACCUGAUUAGAACUGCUGCACUGUUGAUAUGUAUUGGAUACAAAUUAAAUGUUUUCACUAAAUUAUUUGGACAAAGGAGACCUAAGCUCUGGCAACAUAGAUAUUAUUAUAUAUUAUAUAUUAGUUGAUAAUAUUCCCUGAGGGGGGAAUGAGGAGAACUUAGAUCUUGGUUUUAAAUCAGACCCACAAGUGAGGAGCUGGAGUCUUCUUAAGCAAUGAGAACUUUGUGUGUUAUGCAGAUUAAGGUGACUGGCUGCCUCUUUAAUACUUUGAAAUAGUAGCAUUGUGCCGAGCUGCCCUGUGUGCAGUGUGCCCUUUACUGAAUGCCUUUCAUAUGGAUCUUAUUUUCAAGGUGGGUCUAGAGAUCUUAAGUAUACCUAUUAUUUUACCUAAAAUGACUCUAAACAGCCCCCAAAAUGAAAAACCUCUCUCCUUACAUUGAAUUGAUUCUAAGAUAGAAGCGUAUCUAGGGUAAAGUGUCCUUCUCCUUUAAAUGGGAAGGUGAUCUCCUGUACAUGCUUUCUUCCUCCUGAUCCAAUGGAAAUCAAUCAGGCAUGCGCAGUAGGCAGCUCUUUUACUUCCUAUUCACACUGGAAGGAAGGCUUAGUAUACUAAAGGGGGUGGAGCUUCACAGUGACAGGUUUCAGGAGCAUCUUUAGCUUCUAUCUUAGAAAGGACAUCAGACUCAAUGUAGGGAGAAAGGUGUGUCAUUUUAGGGGCUGGUUAGAGUUGUUUAAGGGAUCUUAAUAUAAAAAGGUUGCUAAUCCUUUAAUACAUUGUAAAAUCACCUACAGGCAUUAUUGUGACUGCAACUGAGGUAGCAAAUAAUAUGUCCAUGUCGACUUACAUGUGACCGAUACUACACUCAUCCAAAAGUAUCAGUAUAUGAUUUUUUAUGUAUGCAAUUGCACAUUGUAAUUAUAUUAACAGAGCACACUAAUGGAAAUUUGAUUUGUAUAAAUGGUAAAUAUAUAUAUAAAAUCCUUUUCUCUAUAUAUAUUAGAUGCUCGGAUAUAAUUUCACAUCCUCUGGUAGGAAGUCUCCUUUCUUUAGUUGUACAUAUGGAUAAUCCAGUUCCUGCACUUAUCUCCAAGCACAAAGGUGACAGAAUAUUAAUCAGGACCUCUCUUUGAAUUUGAGUAAAUCAUUACUGACAGAAGCGAUGUUAUUAUUAGUUGUGUAUAUUAUGUGGCUCUGUCCGGUGUUACGUCAUUUUUAUUUCGCUUUUAUGACAUCACUUUGAAAGAUAAAGUUGUUAACUUAUGUAAAUAAAGAAAGAAAAAAAUGGUUUUGAAAACACAAUAAGAAAACACAAUAGAUAUUCAUUUAUAUUACGGGCUACGAGGGUUUUAUUCAUAUGUAUAUUUGUAUCAAUAAAACAGUUUUACAUCUUUA